GGCCAACUUCGAUUGACCAUGUGAUGUGAAGGACUCAUACUCGCUGCUGAGGCAGUGAGAGAUAUUUUCUUUGAACUCCUCAACAAAACCAUGGCUCCCGCGCCUGUCAUUGCCGCUGCUGUAAGCUCGGCGGUAGCCAGAGUAUCCGCAUAUAUCUUCCUGAGAUGGAUCCCAGGACACCAUUUCCCUCCGCUGAUACUUUUGAGUAUCGCCGUGUAUCUGUAUUGUGUCUUUGGCAAAUCUGAAGAAGCCUUUGGCUCCGCCCGGCCCCGUCUGCCCGAAGCAUUCCCUAAGCUCUUUCCACAGCGAGAAGACAACAAGUCGGAAGAGCAAUCAGAGACCAAAGAAGAUGAUGACGAUCACGAAGAGCCGGCUAUCUAUGAGGAGGAGAAAUCCUUUCUCAGAAUCAGUGUCUUUGGGAUACCCAACUGGAAAGAGCCGGAAUGGAGUUAUAUGACCAUUGGAAUCAAUGUUCUUUUGGCCCUGUUCACCCUCGAUCUCGUUUUCCGAGGACCUCUCCUGCACCCGGCACGAGACCUGAGCUUCACAAGAGUAGGGUUUGUGGACUCGACGACGGCGAAGGUCCUGGUUCGAGAACCCGAUCCUGCUCAACUACCCUUGUACGUCUACUUGUCGCCUGCAGACAAGACAAGUUGGACAACGACGGACACCAUCUACUACCUAGGCGCUGACACCGAUUACACGUACCCAGUGACAUUCGGAGGUCUUCAGCCGUCCAAGAAAUACAUAUAUUCUCUCUCAAACGACAAGUCUGGCACAUUUACCACGGCACCCUCUCCGUAUUCCGACGCGGCCAACAAACUCACCUUCCUGACGUCGUCUUGCAUCAAGGCCAACUUCCCUUACCGACCAUCUGCCCCGGCUCUUGCGAUUCAUGGCUUCGAAUAUUUAUCCAAAGUUCUUCGUGGACUACCAAACCCAGCCUCGUUCAUGCUCUUCCUGGGCGAUUUCAUCUACGUCGACGUACCUUUCCGUCUGUCGUCUUCUCUCGCCCACUACAGGUCCGAGUAUCGACGGGUGUACUCGUCACCGUCGUGGUCUUUGCCGGGUCUCGAUACUUUGCCGUGGAUUCACACCCUCGAUGACCAUGAAAUUGCCAAUGACUGGUCUGGCGGGAAUGACACCGAACCGUUUCCAGCUGCCUCGGAUCCUUUCAUCCAUUAUCAUGUGUCUGUCAAUCCACCCACGCCUCCCGGUGCUCCUCCAGGCGCCGAGACCAACACGACAUAUUUCCAAUUCUCGAAUGGACCAGCUUCCUUUUUCAUGCUCGAUACUCGACGGUACCGGACCGAUCCUGAAUCGGAUUCGUCUUCAUCUUCGAACCCAUCUGAUACACGCACGAAUCAUACAAUGCUCGGAUCCGUCCAACUGGCAUCUCUGCUCAAGUAUCUCUCCGCACCCGAACCAUCGCACAUUCAUUGGAAAAUCAUUGCAUCUUCCGUGCCCUUCACCAAGAACUGGCGCUUCGGCACGCCCGACACGUGGGGUGGGUUCCUGCGAGAACGCUCCGUCAUUCUCGAGGCGAUGCAAAAGGCCGAAAAGGAACUUGGCGUGCGCGUGAUUAUAUUGUCCGGCGACCGCCACGAGUUCGCGGCGAUUCGGUACCCUCGGUUUUUGGGGACGGCAAGCUAUACUGACCCUAGGAACAAGACGGGCGACAUGCGUGUGUACGAGACCGGGCAACAGGCUGGGCCGCACGAGUUCAGCGUGGGGCCCCUGAGCAUGUUCUACCUGCCCUUCCGGACGUUCAAGCAAGUGGACGAGGAUGACGUCGCGAUCAAAUACUUGCCCGACGGGAACAGCAAGGUCGGGGUCGUGGAGGUCGAUAACCUCGGUGGGAACAACGACCUGCAGCGCAGUCUGUUGAGGUACAAGCUUUAUGUCGACGGGGAGUUGGCGUGGGAGUACGCGUUGACCAGCCCGGCCGAGGGGAGUCGCAGGCCCAAGGAACGAGGGUGGUUGUGGAUGUGACCUUUGGACCUCUCCGUACCUCCGACUCGAUCCCGAUCAGUGCCGGGGUCAGGAAGGAUCAGGUCGAGGAUCAUUCGACAAGUCCUCGAUCAUGGGCGGCGUCAAUGGAUGAAUGCCAGGGACGAUUCUUCCCAUAGGCAUCCUACCAAUACACGAGAUGCGAUCGAGCGGAAGGAGUGGAAUUGACGACUAUCCCUGUCCGUAUAUGAAUGAACUUGCACAACGAACACUGUUCGACGACAGAAUUCGAUUUAUAGCGGUGUGGGUUACUUUUGACGUGAUAGAUACUCUAUAGAUAUCAUACCUAGUGGAUCACCGGCUGUGUCGGUGUUCA